UCUGGGCAGCCUGUUUCAGCAGCUCACCACUCCUAGUAAAGAACUUCCCCCUGACAUCCAACCUAAAUCUUCCCUCAUAUAAUAUAUGAAAUAGCUACCUGGCUGCUUCUUUCACGAAUGGUGUGUUAAAUGGAGGGAGGAAAAUGCCACAGGUAUGUUUAAACAGUUAAUAUUAAACUGCAGAAGAGGAACAGAGUAUUCUAUUCCAUUGGGGGUUUCAGCGCUGGCUUCUGUCUGAUACUUUACCUCUCGGUAGCGAUGGGCAGUGUGUGAGAAAACACAGCAGGAUGCCCACUGCGUUUAGAUGGUGCACUGUGCAAGGGAACUAGAUAACCAUCUGUCUGUUUGUUUUAACUGUUGUGCUGUCCCUGGAGAAAUCCUUCCCAGUAGUCAAAGCGCUUGCUUGUUUUUAACUAUGAAUGCUUAUUUCAUUUUAGGGUGUACCAUGACUGGCUUCAGGCUCCCCAUCACUGUGUUUAGAAAACUGAAUGUUUGGGUUGGACUGUGGGAGAAAUUCCCCUCUAAUAAACUCUUUCCCUCUUGGAGAAGAAGCAUUUUCUGUAGCUGUCAGGCAAGCACAAUAAAUGACCGAAGAUGGUUUAGCUUUUUCCCAGUAAAAUUCUGCACACUAAGACUUUCUCCAGAGUAUGUCUCAGUACUCUCUCUGCGGAACAAAAGUAGCAAAAGCUCUAAGAGGAACAGACAAACUGUACAGGAGGAGGAGGAGGAGGAGGAGGCAGAUGAACAAGAAAGUGAUUUGGAAGAUGAAUUGGAAAAUGACCCCAACGUAGUAAAAGAUUACAAAGAUCUUGAAAAAGUGGUGCAGUCUCUACGAUAUGACGUGGUCAUGAAAGCUGGCUUAGACAUUGCGAGAAAUAAAGUAGAAGAUGCAUUCUACAAUAAUGAACUCAGGCUGAAUGGAGAAAAACUAUGGAAGAAAAGUAGAACUGUGAAAAUUGGUGACACGCUGGAUCUCUUAGUAGGUGAAGAUAAAGAAACAGGAACUGCUGUAGUGAUGCGGGUAGUCUUAAAAAAAGUAUCUAACAAGACUGAGAGUGAAAAAUACAGAGUAAUUUUAAGACGUUGGAAAAACUUGAAGGUGCCCAAACAGGACGUACUGAAGUAGCGGGGGGAUGCAUGUGGCAGCAUGAGAUUUGUUUUGCAGAAAACCAUAUUGUUUGUUGUUAAAUACGAAUUUUGGUUAAACAAAAUGACAGUACCCUUUUUUAAGGGCUCGUGUUAGAAAUAUCUCCCUCUGCUGUGUACAUCAAUGCUCCUGUGGUAAAUGCCUGUCACUUCUUGCAGUUAGUUUUGUUUCAUGAUACUGUGGGAUAAAAUACUCUGCCCUCAUAUCUCCAGGCAGUUUCCUUACAGACGUUAUAUAAAAUGACUCAAUAAAGACAAAUUUGAUCACUGUUUAA